UAAUCAAUAUUAAGAAGCCAAAACCCUGAAAUCUGGAAAAUCAAUCAUUGAAUAUGAAGAAUGGUUAUGAACAACAUCAAGAAUCCACCAACAAGAAGCUCAAGUCAAACUUGGCAUUACCAAUUUGUGAGAACAAGAAGACCAGAGACUUACCCAAUUUAUCAGAAUGCCAAACUUGUGGUUUUCGAACCGAUGCUUGUUCCGGUAAGAACAGAAUUCAAAUUUUAUACAGUGAAUGGCGAAUUGUUCUUCUUUGCAAUAGAUGUCUUUCUCGCGUUGAAUCCUCCCUAAUUUGCUCUUAUUGCUUUAAUGAAACUACAAAUGAUUCGUUUUCUUGUUCUCAAUGUAAGCGUUGUGUUCAUAGAACUUGCUUUUUAAAGUACAGAACUGUUUCUCCUUGGUCGUAUUCUUCUUCUUCUUCCAUGGACUUUUCAGUUUGUGUUGACUGUUGGGUCCCUGAAUCAAUGAUAAAAAGGAGAGGGUUUUUUAUUGGUAGGAACUAUAGUAGCCAUUCUAAGGUUUUCAAUGACGCCCAAUCUUUGAAGGACCCCAAUUUUGCUUUGGAGAGGACAGUUGUGUUGGCCUUGAUGGCUCCACCGAUGGCGGCAAAGAAGCUGAUGGAGGUGGCAAAGAUGCCAAUGGAGAUGGAAAGUAAUGCAUUGAAUUUGGAGGUAAAGAGGGAGGGCGAUGAUUGUAAUGAUAAGAAGGUUGUUGAUGAUGCUGAGUUGGCGUUUAAGCUGCACCGGGCAAUGAAUAGCUCGCGGAGGAUUUCAAAGAAUUUAUGUGCUGUGAAAUCGAGUUCUUCCAGUGUUCCCAAGAUACAGGAGUUUAAUGAUAAUUUGGUUCUUAGAUGCUCAGAUUCAGGGAAUCCUAGUGUUUCUUGUGAGAUUGAGGUUUGUGCUAAUAAGAAGAUGAAUGAGAAUCUGGAUAGAAAUGUUUUAGAUCCUUUGCUAUGUGUUAAAGAUGAGGAUAUAGGAGUGCAACUGAAGGAGGGAGAGGGGAGCUGUUCAAACAAAUUGGUAAAGUCAAGUGGAGAUGAAAAUAGUACAAACUUUGAGUCUAGAUCUUGUCAUAAUAAUCAAUAUGAAUCUACUGAAUGCAAGGUUGAAACAUGUGAUGGAAAGCCUGAUCGCUAUUUGUUGAAGUAUAGAAAGAGGAAUCCAAGCUCCAAACGAGUUCCAAAUGGUAGACCUAAGAUUCUGUAUGAAAGAAUUCCCAAUCAAAAUCAGCCUCCAGAUGCUGGAUUAUCUUUAAAUUGUUCAAGGGAAUCGAGAACAUUCUCAAAUGGUUCAUUUCAGUCAUGUGCUUUUCCUCUACAAGCAUCUACCUGUGCAAGUGGUUUGUCUCCAGAUCAGUCUUAGAGGGAACAGAUUAUAAUUAUCAUUUCACGGAAGAUCUUGGAAAUUAUCUCGCAAAGGCAUUCUUUAGUUUCCUUAAACUUGAAGCUUCUGGUGAGUUCUGAGGAAGUAUUCAAGUUUUUGGAGGAUUGGCGACUGGGGAGAUAUAUUAGUGUAUAUACUCUUCUCUUUAUAUGCUUAGAAAGUCCCACUUUAUUUUUCUUAAAAGCAGCUUGGAUUCUUCCCCCUAUUCUAGAGGUUUGAAUUUUAGAAUACUUUAGGAAUUUGAAUGUCGAGGAAGCGGCUAAAUUUCUGUACUCUUGGUUGGAUUAGAGUGUGUUUUCUUAUAAAUCGUAUUUUAAUUGGUGGCUGAUAAUUCAUCCUAUCCCUUAUUCUUCAAGCAAGAAUGAUUUGAAAAGCCAAAGUUCCAAACAGGAUUUAAAUAUUAUCAUGGGUAGCUUUGGGUAGAAUAGCACAUAACAUUGUCCAAAAAAGGUGGACUAAGGUCCUUGUAUUCACUGGUGUGGUAUGUGUACAAUUGAAGGGGAGAUCAUCAAUCAUCUUCGUCUUGACUAUUCCAUAGUCUUUAAGUUGUGGCUUCGUAUCUUUAAGGCCGCAAUGCUGAUGUGGGUCAUUUUUGGAGUCUCUUAUCUUUAGCCUAGUGUUGUUGCUUUGGUCAUUGGCAUUUUCUGAGGGGGAUUAUGUUGACUGAUUUUUAAGUUUUAGAAAGUGAAGUUUGUUAUAAGUGGGAGUGGGCAACUAUUUUUAUUCAAAGUUGUGGUUUGCGAUGGGCGCUUUCCUUGAUUCAGUUACAGACAGUGAAGCAUGUCUGUUGCUGUUUACAGCAGAAAAUCGAAAGGUGUGGUUCUUUUAUAUUUAGGUUUAAAACACAGUUACAUGAGUGUCAUUAUUAUUAUUUUUAAGGUUUACAAUUUGUUUUUA